AUGUCUCAGAAGCCAUCAUCACCUCCGACGACAGUCACCGGCUCGUGUCUGUGUCAGGCAGUCAAGUACACCGUCAGUGGCUCACCUCGAGGAACCGUCCUCUGCCACUGUAGCAAUUGUCAGAAGACCACAGGCUCGGCUUUUGCGAACAAUCUGCGUGUCCUCAAGUCGAAGUUGACCAUACUCUCCGGAGAGGACAAAAUCAAAUGUCACAAGGACAGCAAUACCAAAAGCGGCAUCGAGUUAAGCCGCUACUUUUGCGGUGACUGCGGGAGUCCCGUCUACCUGACGAACCCGGAGUUCCAAGGCCUCGUUGUGCUUUACACUGGGUGCAUCGACACCGACGCGAAGCACGAGAGACCGAGAGGGGAGAUGUUUGGGGAGAAUACGAGAAAAUGGUUUGCGGGAGUUGAGGGAGCCUCUAAAUUGUGA